GGCGGAGCGGCUGCCGAGUGUUUGGACACCUCUCCACUACCCGGGAGGUGGCAGUGCGGCCGGGGCGCGGCAGGGUGGCAGGGACUUUGCGCAGACUCGGGAGAGUGAAAUGUCACCAGACAUAUAAUGGAAUUUUAUCUGAUUCUGUAGAUCUUCAUUCUGGAUAUCAAGGUAACAAAUACAGGAGAUGUGCAUAAUUUCUCAUUUCUGCAAGUAGUCUUAACUGCUGAAGGAAGACAUUUUUUAAGCUACAGCAAAAUUCAUUUUGGUAACUUUUAUGGAAAUCCUAAUUUUGUUUUUAAAUUUUCAAUAACCUUUUGCUAAAGGUAUGAACAAGCAAAGAACUUAUCUCAGUAGGCAAGUCCACAUUAAUAAGAAUGCCUAGAAGAGGACUGAUUCUUCAGACCCGGACUCAGUGGCUACUGUUGAGUCUUGCUUUAGUUUGCAUUUUGGUACUGUUUUUGUAUCUUCUGGAAUGUGCCCCCCAGACUGAUGGAAAUGCAUCUCUUCCUGGGGUCAUUGGGGAAAAUUAUGGUAAAGAGUAUUAUCAGGCCCUACUGCAGGAGCAAGAAGAACAUUAUCAAACCAGGGCAACCAGUCUGAAACGCCAAAUUGCACAACUAAAACAAGAAUUGCAAGAAAUGAAUGAGAAGAUGAGAUCAUUACAAGAGAGAAAGAAUGUAGGGUCUAAUGGCAUAGGGUAUCAAGGUCACAAAGAACAAGUACCUAGUGAUCUUCUAGAGUUUCUUCAUUCCCAAAUUGACAAAGCUGAAAUUAGCAUAGGAGCCAAGCUACCUAGUGAGUAUGGCGUCAUUCCGUUUGAAAGUUUUACCUUAAUGAAAGUAUUUCAACUGGAAAUGGGUCUCACUCGCCAUCCUGAGGAAAAGCCAGUUAGAAAAGACAAACGAGAUGAAUUGGUGGAAGUUAUUGAAGCUGGCUUGGAGGUCAUUAAUAAUCCUGAUGAAGAUGAUGAACAGGAAGAUGAGGAUGGUCCCUUUGGAGAGAAACCGAUAUUUAAUGAAAAUGAUUUCAUAGAAGGUUAUUACCGCACUGAGAGAGAUAAGGGCACACAGUAUGAACUCUUUUUUAAGAAAACAGACCUUAUGGAAUAUAGACAUGUGACCCUCUUCCGCCCUUUUGGACCUCUCAUGAAAGUGAAGAGCGAGAUGAUUGACAUUACUAGAUCACUUAUUAAUAUAAUCGUCCCACUUGCUGAAAGAACUGAAGCAUUUGUACAGUUCAUGCAGAACUUCAGGGAUGUAUGUAUUUAUCAGGACAAGAGGAUUCAUCUGACAGUGGUGUAUUUUGGUAAAGAAGGACUGUCUAAAGUCAAGUCCAUCCUAGAAUCUGUCACAAGUGAGUCUAAUUUUCACAAUUACACCUUGGUCUCAUUGAAUGAAGAAUUUAAUCGUGGACGAGGACUAAAUGUGGGUGCUCGAGCUUGGGACAAGGGAGAGGUCUUGAUGUUUUUCUGUGAUGUUGAUAUAUAUUUCUCAGCCGAAUUCCUUAACAGCUGCCGGUUAAAUGCUGAGCCAGGCAAGAAGGUGUUUUACCCUGUAGUGUUCAGUCUUUACAACCCUGCCAUUGUUUAUGCCAGUCAGAAUGUACCCCCUCCUGUGGAGCAGCAGCUGGUUCACAAAAAGGAUUCUGGCUUUUGGCGAGAUUUUGGCUUUGGAAUGACUUGUCAGUACCGAUCAGAUUUCUUGACCAUUGGUGGAUUUGACAUGGAAGUUAAAGGCUGGGGUGGAGAAGAUGUUCAUCUUUAUCGAAAAUACUUACAUGGUGACCUGAUUGUGAUUCGGACUCCGGUUCCUGGGCUUUUCCACCUCUGGCAUGAGAAACGCUGUGCUGAUGAGUUGACCCCCGAGCAGUAUCGCAUGUGCAUCCAGUCCAAAGCUAUGAAUGAAGCCUCUCACUCACACAUGGGAAUGCUGGUCUUCAGGGAGGAGAUAGAGACACAUCUUCACAAACAAGCAUACAGGACAAAUAGUGAAGUUGUUGGUUAAUGUGAUCAUUAGUCCAAACCACAAGCCAGCACUGAACCUCAAACCAGCACUAUUUAUUUAGCCUUAAUUCCAGUUCCAGAUGGAGUGCCUCUUUCAGAGAAGAUGUGCUUAUGUUUUGUGUUCUUUCUGACAUUACUUUACUCUAGCAGUUUAACUUCAUAGAACAGAGAAAGCAACUGUUUCAAUGCAAAGUCUGCACUAUGGAAUCAUUGAUAAAUCAAAAUUUGGUGUUUGGCUCCAAAAAUAGUUUUGAGUUAGUUUCUGCUCUGUGCCCAUGUUCUUAUGUGUCCUGGUUGCAUCUGUGAUGAUGAUGGGUAAGAAGCAUCUUGUUCCUGCAGGAAUGGAGAAUUACAGAUGGAUUGUGUGGACAAAGGUUUUUCACCUGCCAACCACUGGGUCAACUUGCUUGGUUUUUAAAUCAAGCAAUCAAGAUCUUUGGUUGGUUGCUUGAAGAAUCCUUUUUCACUGAAGCAGAGGAUACUUAAAUGACAAUUCUGAAAUCUCCAACCAGUCAAGACAGAAGUAAAAACCCCUUCUUGUUGUUUAGUCCCCUAAAUGUCUGUUUUUAAAGAAAUAGGUAAUAAUAGGAAAUACUUAGAAUCUAUGACUUGAUUAAAAUACAAUGUUAUUACUCUGUCAUCAUGUUCAGGAUUAGAAGUCAAAGUUUCUGCAGACUGUUUUGAACAAACUACAAUCAGCAUGGAAAUGUCUUUAACAGACAUAAUUAUGUUGGAGCACAGGACACCAGUGGUCUGGGAACAUCAUGAGCCAGGGCUUAUAAGGGCCUUCUAGUGGUGGGUGGUUCAGAAUAGAUGAACAUAGCAUGGUGCUAUGUGUUUCUGCUUUACACUGUCUCAUUUAGCAUGGAUCCAUAUGUAUUAGUGUGCUUUUUUCCUAAUGUGUGAAUAUAUGCUACAUCUGUAUUUGCAUUAUUAUAAUACUUUUGAGUUUAUAGUUUCACUGAAGGGAGAAAAGCAAAAUGAGGUAUAUAUAACAUAAGAUCACACUGAUUUGAGGAAAGGGGAAGAGAGGAGAGCAGUAUGAAUGGAAAUCUGGAUCACAGAAUAUUUUAGAGAUGUAUAUUACUUGCAGAUAGUAGGAUGUUUUGAGGUAUAAAUUACAUUAAAAGACAAGAUGAAUAAGAAAUUGUAUUCAGCUAGGACUAUACUAUGUUAUAUAUCACACGUGGAUCUUUUACCAUUGGGUCAAUUGCUAGAUCCAGAAAUUAGAUAUGAUGAAAGGCAUGUGUAGAUCUUUUAACCUUUGGCUUUUAAAAAGGAACCUAUGUUAUAUUCUCUCUGUUUGUAUAUACACCUCUGAGAAAUUGCAGAAGAAAUCACAGAGCACAUUAUUCUUUCGACUCAGUAAAUCAUAUCAUCUGAAAUAUUAUGAAUUCUAAAUUUCUUGGUGCUAUAUGAAUUCAAUUUUAUAAUAACUCUUACUAAUUACCCUUAUAAGUUUUAAGUUGGGAUAGCACUUAGGCUUGCUUUUUUAAGAUGUGUAAAAUGUCUGUGCAAAGUUAUUCAGGCUGUUGGCUCCUUUUAUGUAUAAGUAUUAUGAAGACCAGUGAAAAGUGAGGGAACCUAAUUAUUUUCAAAGGUAAGUUUCAGCUUGUUUUGUGACAGAAUCAAAUGAUUUUAUCUUUCCUGUUUUUUUUAACUAGCUUUUAUUUUAAAGAUGGAAGCUAAGCAUGGAGACAUUAUCAUGUUUUUUACAUUAAAUGGUACCAAUAAAGUAUUUUAUUACCAAAAAUUAAGUAAAAAUGUGAUAAAUUAAUUUCAUUCUGUUGUAAAAUAUCUUAAGUACAGAGAUGUGUAUAGCACAUAAUUGUAUACUUUAAAGAAUAAUAAUGCAAACACCAGGACACCAGCUACCCAGAUGAACAUACAGAGCAUUAGCAGUAAAACACCUUCUGUGUGCUGCUGCUUAAUCACCUAGCCUCUUUCUCCAUAAUAAUCACCAACUUGAUGUUUAUGGUAAUUUUUUACGUUUUUCUUCGUAGUUUUCCCAACUGCGUAUUUAUAUCUACCCAGUGAAUUUGUAUACAUAUUAUUUCAGUAUAUAUUUUUAACUUUCAGGUUUUGAGGUUCACCCAUGUUAAUCUCAAAAUUAAUUUGUUUUUAUUACUGAUUAGUACUCCACUGUGAAUACAGUCAUGCACUGCAUAAUGACCUUUUAGUCAAUGACAGGCCAUAUAUAUGACAGUGGUCCCAUAAGAUUAAAAUGGAGCUGACAAAUUCCUGUCACCUUGUGAUGUUAAAAUAUCAGAAUUACUGUCUUGAGGACUAAGGAGUACACCAUUGCCUUUAAACCAACUAUUCCGGAAUGUUUAUUGAAACCCAACUAUAUGUUUAGUUAGCACUGUUCUAGACACUGUGUACCACAGUGAACAAGAAUAGUGGAGCUUAGCCCUGGCCAUGUGGCUCAGUUGGUUGAAGCAUUAUCCUGUGCACCAGAAGGUUGCAGGUUUGAUCCCUGGUCGGGACACAUACCUAGGUUGUGUGUUCAGUCCUAGUUCAGGGCACAUAUAGGAGGUAACCAAUUGAAGUUUCUCAUUUCUCUCUUUAAAAAUCAAUAAAAGCAUAUCCUUGUGUGAGGAUUAAAAAAAAAGAGUAGUAGAGUUUAUACUAUAGCUCUGGAGAGUCCUGGUCAGGUAGCUCAGUUGGUUAGAGUGUCAUCCCAGAUGACACGCCAAAGUUGCAAGUUUGAUCCCCAGUCAGGGCAUGUACAAGAAUAAACCAAUGAAUGCAUAAUCAAUGGAACAAAAAAAAAUCUGUUUCUCUCUGUCUCUUCUUCUCCCUUUCUUUCUCAAAAUUAAUCAAUAAAUGUACUUCUGGAGAGACAUAAAUUGUAGCACAAUGCAUUACUCACAUGUGUGUGGUGAUACUGGUAUAAGCAGACCUAUGCUGCCAGUCAUACAGCAUACAGUUAUUGUACUUAAUAAUAAUAGUAAAUGACUGUGUUACUGGUUUAUGUAUUACUACACUAUACUUUCUAUCAUUAUUUUAAAGUGUACUCUUACAAAAAAAUGUUUGCUGUGCAACAUUAUGUGGUAUUACACUGGCAGCAGCCUCUUACAAAUCAUGUUUACUGCUUCCUCUAGAUUAUAUCAUUUUCUUGUGCUUGAUUUAAUGUUAUGUUUGAUAAAUUUAGUGUAGCCUAAGCGUAGUAUACAGUAGUGUACAGUAAUAGCCUCGACCUUCACAUUCACUCAUCACUCACUCACUCACUCACUUACUCACCUAGUGCAACUCUAGUCCUGCAAGCUCCAUUCAUGGUAAGUGCCCUCCCUACACAGGUGUACCAUUUUUUAACUUGUAUACUGUAUAUUUAGUGUACCUUUUCUAUGUUUAGAUAUGUUUGAAUGCACACAUACUUAACCAUUAUGUUACCAUUGCCAACAGUAUUCAGUACAGUAACAUGCUGUACAGGCCUGUAACCUAAAAGCAACAGGCUAUUCCAUAUAGCCUAGGUGUGUAGUAGGCUAUACCAUCUAGGUUUGUGUAAGCGUACUCUAUGAUGUUCACACAGGGAUGAAAUUGCUUAAUGACACAUUUCUCAGAAUGUAUCCCAUCAUUAAGCAGCAUGUAACUGUAUACUACAGUAUUCUACUUUUAUAGAUAUUUGAGUUUGUAGAUUUUUGUUGUUUAUUUGGUUUUGGCCAUCACAAGCAGGAUUGUCAUAAAUGCCACUUUACAUGUCUCUUAAAAAUGUGAGAGUUUCUCCAGGAGUGAUGGUGCUGGAUCAUUUGUGGUAUGCACAUUCAGCUUACUUUCCAAAGUAGACUGAGGACAUCCAGUACUGUGAGAGAGCUCACUUUGCAUUCUAGGCACUACUUAAUUUUGUCAGGCUUAUUAAUUCUUGCUAAUCUAAUGGGUUUUAGGCAUGAAUCAAUGGAACAAAAAUUGUAAUUUGCAUUUUGCCAGUCAUUUUGCCCAUUUUUCAGUUCAUAGGAAUUUUUUAUGUAUUCCAGAUACCAAUUCUUGUUGGUUACAUGUAUGCAAAUAUCUUUUCCCAUUCUUUUUGGUACUUUUUGAUGAAUAAAAAUUAACUUUACUGUG